UUGUGUUUGGUUACGCCGUCGACUGCUUGGCUUGACGUUGUUAUUGAAUUUGAACUUUCUUUUUUCAUUUUUCAUUUAUUCUAGUUGCAGUUUCCAAUUUCCAUUGAUUUAAUUAGCAAAAGUAUAUUUAAAAGUGAAAUACUAUUUGUUUUGUUACUACUAAUAUUAGUUUUAGCAGGCAUACUUGUUUCGUGCCUUCCUUCGUUUCAUCCUUCAUGGUGGGACAACGGACACGUGUUCGUAACACCGUAAUUAACACAGUGUUGUUGUUACAUCGAGUGCCUCAGUUUCGUUUUUACACCACAUUAAGGAAACUAUUGACCAGUAUUGAUGAGCAUUGAAGUUGAAAUCUGAAAUCACUCUUAGAUUGCUUGUGUCUUUCACACAUAAAGUAAAGACUGUUUCAGAGAUAGGGAUGGAUUCAGGAGAGGAAUUUAGUGAAGACGUGGAUAUUGAUGACAAAUCUACAGACAAAGGAAAUAAAAAAUCAGUAAAAAAACGUUACAAAUGCACACAUGAAGAUUGCUCAGCUGCAUUUGGGAAACCAUCAAGGCUUGUACAACAUGAACGAAUUCACUCUGGUGAACGACCUUUCAAAUGUGAGCAGUGUGAACAAAGUUACACAAGAUCAUUCCACUUAAAGCGACAUGUCUCAACAGUUCAUGAGCAAUUAGCUGUCGAAAUGUUUUUGUGCCCUAAAGAAAAUUGUGGAAAACAGUUUGUUUCAAGACAGAAAAUGAAGGUACAUCAUGAAAAUGCUCAUUCUGCUAAUUCUUUGAAAUGCCCAACAUGUGAAAAAACAUUUAAAAAGAACCAGCAAUUGAAAAUUCAUCAGUAUCAGCACACAGGAAUUUUACCUUACGUAUGUGAUUAUGAAGGGUGUGGCAAAAGAUUCCUGAUGCCUAGUAGGCUCAAGGGACAUGCAAAGAUCCAUAAAGGAUAUCUUUGUACUGCUGAGGGAUGUAAUCAGGAAUUUCCUAUGUGGAGUGCAUUGAGGAAACAUAAAGCUGAGGCUCACGCGCAAAUUUUUUUUCUUUCAAAUACAGAACAUGUGUGCACAGUUUGCAAUUCAUCUUUUAAAACUCGAGGAUUCUUGAAAUCUCAUAUGAAAAUGCACCAACCUACAAGAGAAGUUUUUCAUUGUACCAUCGAAAGUUGUUCAAGGCAGUUCUAUUACCAAAAAAAUCUCCAAUCACACAUUGACAACUAUCAUAAUCCUGGUCAGUUCCAAUGUAAAGAAGAAGGUUGUGGAAAAAUCUUCAUCCAAAAGGCUAGUUUAAAGUCGCACGUAGCACGACACAGAUUACCUGCUUCAGGAGAGAAAAUCAGAAAUGCACCAACCAACCGCAAAGUGCGAAGCGACAAAGGCCAGCCAAAAAAAGCCAUAGCCGCUAUCCUUUCUGGGCAGCCAGUUACGAAUUCGGAAAGUAAGAUAAUUAUGAGAAGCCUAGAAUAGUAUUCAGAGGACGAGUUUACAUUAUUUGGAAUUGCUACGUGCUUCAUUGGCACGAAUUCGUGACACAGAAUUACUGUUUGGGAUGGUGGUGCUGUUGACUGUCAAUAAAUUGGCAUUUCGUCUCCCA